AUGGAGAAGUUCAUCGACAACUUACCAGCCAUGGAUCUGAUGCGCUCCGAGAAGAUGACCUUCGUCCAGCUCAUCAUCCCCGUCGAGUCUGCCCACCGCGCCAUUUCUUAUCUCGGCGAACUCGGCCUGCUCCAAUUCCGAGACUUAAAUGCUGAUAAAAGUCCUUUCCAACGAACAUUUGUUAAUCAGGUAAAGCGAUGUGCAGAGAUGUCAAGAAAGCUGCGGUUCUUCAGAGAUCAAAUCAGUAAAGCUGGUCUACUUUCAUCUGUACAUCCUGUUUUGCAAGCAGAUAUUGAGUUGGAGGAAUUAGAGAUACAACUUGCUGAGCACGAGCAUGAGCUAAUUGAAAUGAACUCUAAUAGUGAUAGACUUCAACAUUCAUAUAAUGAACUCCUGGAAUUCAAGAUAGUAUUGCAAAAGGCAAGUGGCUUUCUUGUUUCAAGUAAUAGCCAUGCGGUUCCAGAGGAGAGAGAACUAGAUGAGAAUGUUUACUCAAAUGAUGACUAUGGUGAUUCAGUUUCAUUACUUGAGCAGGAUAUCAGACCCGGGCCAUCAGACCAAUCUGGUUUGAGUUUUGUUAGUGGAAUUAUUUGUAAAUCCAAAGCUCUCAGGUUCGAGAGGAUGUUGUUUCGUGCUACAAGGGGCAAUAUGCUUUUUAAUCAAGCAUCAGCAGAUGAACAGAUCAUGGAUCCUUUAUCUACUGAAAUGGUUGAGAAAACAGUGUUUGUAGUGUUCUUCUCAGGGCUGCAGGCAAAAACAAAGAUUUUGAAAAUUUGUGAGGCAUUUGGUGCAAAUUGCUAUCCUGUUCCUGAAGAUAUAACUAAGCAGAGACAAAUAACUAGAGAAGUUUCAUCACGUCUUGCUGAAUUGGAAGCAACUUUGGAUGCAGGGAUCCGUCACAGAAAUAAGGCCCUUACUUCUGUUGGGUUUCACCUAGCGAAAUGGAUGAACAUGGUGAGAAGGGAGAAAGCUGUAUAUGAUACAUUGAACAUGCUUAACUUUGAUGUUACAAAAAAAUGUCUUGUUGGAGAGGGCUGGUGUCCUAUAUUUGCAAAAACUAAGAUUCAGGAGGCACUGCAACGUGCUACAUUUGAUAGCAAUUCGCAAGUGGGAAUAAUAUUUCACCUGAUGGAUGCAAUAGAAUCACCUCCUACAUAUUUCAGAACCAACCGCUUCACGAGUGCAUUUCAGGAAAUUGUUGAUGCAUAUGGUGUUGCAAGAUAUCAAGAAGCCAAUCCUGCUGUUUACACUUGUGUUACUUUUCCAUUUCUUUUCGCGGUGAUGUUUGGGGACUGGGGUCAUGGAAUAUGCUUGUUGCUGGGAGCAUUAAUUCUUAUAGCUCGUGAAAGUAAGCUCAGUGCUCAGAAACUUGGGAGCUUUAUGGAGAUGCUAUUUGGUGGGCGAUAUGUACUUCUUUUGAUGUCCCUAUUUUCAAUCUACUGUGGGUUGAUUUACAAUGAGUUCUUCUCUGUUCCUUUUCACAUAUUUGGUGGGUCUGCUUACAAAUGUAGAGAUACCGCUUGCAGUGAGGCGUACACUAUUGGUUUAAUCAAGUACCGAGAUCCAUACCCAUUUGGUGUGGAUCCCAGUUGGCGUGGAAGUCGUUCAGAGCUGCCUUUCUUGAAUUCUCUCAAAAUGAAAAUGUCGAUUUUGUUGGGUGUGGCGCAAAUGAACUUAGGAAUUCUACUUAGUUACUUCAAUGCACGGUUUUUCAGCAGCUCGAUUGAUAUAAAGUACCAGUUUGUGCCGCAGGUGAUCUUUCUUAACAGCCUUUUUGGAUAUCUUUCACUUCUUAUUGUCAUCAAGUGGUGCACCGGCUCUCAGGCGGACCUCUAUCAUGUAAUGAUUUACAUGUUCUUAAGUCCGACUGAUGAUCUUGGUGAAAAUGAAUUGUUCUGGGGCCAAAGACCACUUCAGAUCAUUUUGUUGCUUUUGGCUCUAAUCGCAGUUCCAUGGAUGCUCUUUCCAAAACCUUUUAUUUUGAAGAAGCUUCAUACGGAGAGGUUUCAAGGUCGUGCGUAUGGGAUGCUUGGCACCUCAGAGAUGGACCUUGAUGUAGAGCCUGAUUCUGCGAGGCAACAUCAUGAGGAGUUUAAUUUCAGUGAGGUAUUUGUACACCAGAUGAUACACUCCAUAGAGUUUGUUCUUGGUGCAGUUUCAAAUACUGCAUCAUAUCUACGACUAUGGGCUCUGAGCUUGGCCCACUCAGAAUUGUCAACCGUUUUCUAUGAGAAAGUCCUUCUCCUUGCCUGGGGGUACGACAACUUUGUUAUCCGGUUAAUUGGGUUAGCAGUUUUUGCGUUUGCAACAGCAUUCAUACUACUCAUGAUGGAGACGCUCAGUGCUUUUCUUCACGCCCUGCGUCUUCAUUGGGUGGAAUAUCAAAAUAAAUUUUACUAUGGAGAUGGCUAUAAGUUCAAACCUUUUUCCUUUGCCUCCAUAACUGAGGAUGAGGAUUAG